AUGUCGACAUCCACAACAACGGCCUCGGCCUCAGCCUCCACCUCCGGCAUCGAACUCCAUCCCCUCCCCGCCACAAGCACCCAAAAACCCUCACCGUUCACAUUGACCUCCCAGCAGCCCGACGACAGCACCGACCCAAUCCUCCGAGCUUCCCGUGAGGCCGACUCCACCGUCCCAGAAGGCGGCUACGGUUGGGUCGUUGUGGGCGGCUGCUUCGUGGUCGCGUGGUGGAUUAUUGGCACCUCGUACUCAUGGGGCGUGAUCCAGGGCGCCCUCAUCGAAGACGGUCUCAGCACCCCCGCCGUGCUCUCCUUUGUCGGCUCGCUCGCCGCGGCGCUCAUCUCGGCGCUCGCCAUUGUCAACUCGCGCGUCAUGAGGCGCAUCGGGCCGCGGAGAACGGGGUUGUUGGGGAUCUCGCUGCUGGGCAUCAGUGAGUUGCUCAGUAGUUUUGCCGUGAAGAACGUGGGGGCCAUGUUUGCGACGAGUGGUGUCAUUAUGGGGUUGGGCAUGAGUUUAUGUUUUACGAUCGUCUCUGUAGUUCCAGCACAGUAUUUUAGCCGCAAGCGCGGUCUGGCCAACGGUAUCGUCUUCGCCGGUGGUGGUCUCGGCGGCGCCGUCAACAGCUUCGCCCUCGACGCCCUCCUCAACCAUCUCGGCUCCGCCUGGGCCUACCGCGUCCUCGCCCUCGUCACCCUGGCCACGGGACUCCCGGCAGCAUGGCUAAUUAAAGAGCGCGUUCCCGUCCGUAGUUCCGGCUUCGUCGAGUGGCGCCUCUUCAAGUCCCUAACGUUCGUCUUGGUCUUCUUGGCUGGCGCAGUGGGGACGUUUCCACUCUUCGUCCCGCCCUUCUUCCUGCCACUCUACUCCAAAUCCAUUGGCCUCUCCUCCUCCACCGGCGCCGGCCUGGUAGCGGGCUUCAACUUCUCCUCGGCCGUCGGACGCAUCUGCUGCGGCGCCUUCUGCGACACGUUCGGCGCCCUCAAUGUCCUCUCCGUCUCGCUGUUCCUAUCCGCAGUCAGCAUCCUGGCCAUCUGGCCCGUCUCGACAUCGCUCGGGCCCAUGGUUGCCUUUGUCAUCAUCAACGGCGUCUCCAACGGCGGGUUCUUCUCAACUAUGCCCACGGUAGUCGGUAACACUUUUGGGUCUGCGAGGGUCUCGGUUGCGAUGAGUAUGAUUGUGACUGGCUGGGCUGGUGGCUACCUUAUGGGCUCGCCAAUUGCUGGGUAUCUCCUAGAAGCCUACGGCGGCGCCGAGGGCGGUCUCCAAGCAUACCGCCCGGCCAUGUUCUACGCUGGAUCAAUGUCAUUGGCGGCAGCUGGUCUUGUCGCGUUGGUCAGGUUCCGUAUUAACAGCAGCAUUCUGGCCAAAAUUUGA